AUGGAGUCGACCCUAACCCUUCGCCUAGCUAACGAAGGUGACAUCGACGCAAUGACGACUAUCACCACUACAGCAUACCCGCUCGAUGCCCAAUGGCGCUAUCGUUUUCCGAAGCUCAACGUCUACUCUGACGAUCAUCAUGAUUUCCUACGCAGCCGCCAAGCUGCUCACAUAGCGAACGCUAUGAGAGGAACGCAAGUAGUCAUGCUUGCUGAAGCACCGAGUAAUCAGAACCCAAGCGUGAAGAAGGUGGUGGCGCUUAGUGUUUGGCAGCUGCCCGGCACGUACAUGAAAGAAGGCAAUGGAUCACCGAAGGUCCAAAAUCAGCGCCGCGAUGCGGACAUCCCACGUAUGCAGGCAUUCAAGAAGAGCCUGGGAGAAGCCAAAGAGAUCCUUCUUGACAGAAUAUACGGAGAGAACCAACUGUUCUUGCUUUCGCUGGCUACACAUCCAGAUCAUCAUCGGCGUGGGGCUGGCACAAUGCUCUGCAGGUGGGGCAUGGCGAAAGCGAGGGAGGAGGGUUCGACCGUUACGCUGUUUGCAAGUGUGAUCGGGAAGAUGCUUUAUGAAAAGCUGGGCUUCAAGCAGGUGGGAAUGGCGCAUGUGCAGGUCGACGGAGAGGAAGAAGGACUAGAUAUUCCGGCUAUGGUCGCUGGUUCUUGGUGA